AUGGGGCCCCCUACUGACCCCGGGCCCUUGGGCAGUGCCCGAGUUUCCAAAUGUUCAGUCCGCCCCUGGGGACAUGUACACUGAUCAUCAGGGCACUGAUGAUCAGUGUAGCCCUAGCAGUGCCAUCUGUCAGUGUCCAUCAGUGCCUUGUGUCAAUGUUCAUCAGUGCCUCGUGCCAGUGCCCAUCAGUGCCACAUCAGUGCCACAUAUCAGUGCCUACCAGUGCACAUCAAUGCCACAUAUCAGUGCCCAUCUGAGCUGCCUUUCAGUGUCACCCAUCAGUGCCAGUCAGUGCCACAUAUCAAUGCCAAUCAGUGCCACCUAUCAGUGCUGCCAGUCAGUUCCGCAUAACAGUGCCAGUCAGUGCUGCCUAACAGUGCCAGCCAGUGCCGCCUAUCAGUGCCAAUCAGUGCCGCCUAUCAGUGCCAUGUAUCAGUGCUGCCUUUCAGUGCCCAUCAGUGAUGCCUGUCAAUGCCCAUCAGUGCCACCUACCAGUGCCUCCUCAUCAGUGCCCAUCAGUGCCACCGAUCAGUGUCCAUCAGUGCAGCCUAUCAGUGCCCAUCAUUGCAGCCUCAUUAGCGCACAUCAGGGAAGGAGAAAAAUCACUUAUUUACAAAAUUUUAUAACAAAAACUAAGAAAAAACUUUUUUUUCAAAAUUUUCAGUGGUUUUUGGUUUGUUUAAGAAAAAAU